CUUGUAUCUCUCGGGCUGUCAUUCAUCUCGUGCACGCGUGCAGCUCAAAACGCAACCUUCCUCAACACCAUCUCCACACACACUGCCAGAGUAACAAGAUUCACGUUCGAUCGCUGUUAUGGAAUUCAACACAGACAGUACUUCUCCGCAGAAGGAAUCAUUCCAUCCAAAAGAGGAAAAUACCAUGGAAGUGGGACCUGCCGCCAUGGAUUCCAGCGAAGACAUCCAUUUGCAAAAGGAUUCAUUCUCGCCGGGGCCAGAGGACGAAAUUUACAUGGAAGAUUCACCUGUUGUGGAAAGAGCACCUGCUGCCAUGGAGGAGACAACUGUCGCGAACAAGGCGUAUGAACCUUCUGUGACGGAGUGGUCACCUAUUGCGGAAGGGUCACCCAUCUUGGAAGGGGAAGGGUCACCCAUCGCGGAAGAGUCACCCAAUGUGGAAUGGUCACCGAUCUCGGAGAAAGAACCUGUCCUCGAAGGAGAACCUGUCGAGGAAAGAGCAUCUCCUUCCAUCGAAACGCCAUAUUAUCACGUCGAUACGCCACCCAUUGCUGAAAAGGCAUCUCCCGUCAUAGAAAAGACAGCUUUCAUAGAAGAGCCGCUUGUUGUGACAAUGCCAACCGUCGUCGACAAGCCAUUUGAUUUGGGAAUGACACCUGUUGAGGAAAGAACAUAUUUCACGGGAGCGGCACCUCCUGUCGUGGAAAAGCCACCAGUUGUGGAAAAGGUACAUCCUAUCGUGGAAAAGACGUCUUCCCCGGGAAAGGCACAUGGUACAGAAGAGACACCCAUCGUGGCAAAGAGGCCUACCGUGGAAAAGAAGGCACCUGCAGAAAAGAAGACACCCGUCGUGGAGAAGACACAGGUCGUGGGAAAGGCAUCUGUCACAAAGGAAGCACCGUUCAUGAACAAGGUACGCGUACCUAUCAUGCAAAAAGUGCCUGUCCUGCUCGAGACAACUGUCUCGAAAAUGGCACCUUUCGUGGAGAAGUUCAGAAAGGAGAUUCGUGCCCUUCAGAACUAUCAAGAAGCCCCGUCAGCAGCAGGACCGGCCGCGACAAUGUCCAUCCUCUGCCUUUUCGCCUUGUACAUUACACUCUUCACCUUGAUUUCCCGCCUCAAUGCAUCCUCGGUCCUUCUCUUCCUUCCAUGGCUCUGAGCGGCUGGAAAAAUCCAUCAAGCGGAAGGGUUGGCCGGUGCUUGUCACCGUUGCUCUUGCCCCGAUACAUCACGACUUGUACUCCUGCAUGCGUCAUCCACUGCAGUCGAUCACGAACUUGCCAACUUGAGGGCUCGUGCGCUUCUAAUGCCCCCCC